UUAUCAUGAAUGUGAACGGUGAAGAUUAUGGAGUAGAAGAUGGUGCGAAGAUGGACUACUUAGUAAAUCAUGGUUUGGAGCUUCCUCAUCGGGAAAAGCAAGAUGAAGAUUCUGUUACAGCUGACCUUGAACGAGGAAUGAGAUCUCAACAUGUAGAUGAAAGCAUUCCUACUUGCUUACAGACGGGAUCAGUCAAAUCUCAAGUUCCGUCCCCGUGUCCGCUGAAUCUUGAGAUGGAGAUAUUGUUGGACCAUUUUACGGCCAAAAUGACGAAGCAACAGGGGAAGAACAUGAAACAGCCUUAUCACCAAAUAUCUGUCAGCUGCCUCCUCUCCACCAAGCUGAGCAGGCAAUUUUACGCCCCUUUUUCUGUUCUCAGGUGGCAUUCUAAUUCCGAGCUCUAUGCUAAUGUAGUGCACAAAGGAGAUACAUCUAAGGCUGAUGGGGAUGAAAUUUUCGAGCAGAUGGCAUAUAUUCUGCUCUAUGCUCCGCACAGCACUCUCUGGUUUACCGAUUUCAUUCUAGCUCUGCAGUCGUCAAAUGGAUUUGCUUCUUUAGUGGCAUCACAACUACUCCCUACUUUUGAGCUUGGACAGGGUGAUGCAACUAUUUUGCCUCAUGAUAAGGAAGGAAACGGAUCAGAGACUAAUGGAGAUUACAAGCAGCUACAAACUACUAUUUCCUUCGUUCCUGACUUUACAGAACAGUGUCAAGAUGAUAUUUUGGGUGGGGGAAAUGGAGCUGGUGAAGCUGAUAAAGGUCCAAGUUUAACCAGUGAAAAUAAUUUAGUUGCUGAUGGAGAUGAAGGUUUGUUUGCUGAUGAAUAUUACCAAUUUGCAUUUUGGCAAUUGCUAUUUUUUUGCAUAUGGCUUGACCUCUCUGAUGUUUUGAAAAGGAAAAAAGGCAGGGUGUUUCUAGUUUUGCUUCAUGCAGCCAUUUUUGAUCAUUUGACGGAAGUUGAUAAUAAUGUAAUCAUGGUAGAUGGUUUCAAAUCAGAAGAAGAGAGUAGCUGGAUUGAUGUUGUAGCAAACUUAGGUGGGGAAAUCCAUGCAGCCUCCAGGGAGUUAGGAGACCAUGUCGAGAAUGAUCUAUCGCUCGAUUUUGGGAUAGCAGCUUGUGGGGAUAAUGAAAAGGGAUGUCUGUUCGUUGAUAACAGGAGCUUCUACAACAUUGGUCUGCCGAGAUCGAGGCUUAUAAUUGGGCCGAACAUUCAGUGUUUUGGCUUGCUUGAUGAGUUUGACAAUUAUACUAUGCGGUCAUGUCUCUCGAGUGCCGUAAAAGUUCAAGCAGUUGAUGUGACUAAGGCCUUGCAGGAAUCAGGAGGCGUAGACCUUUGCUUUCCGAUUGAGGACGAGCCACUCCUACUCGGAUACAAUAUAGAUGGGGAGCUAGUUAUCGAUGGGUUCUUCUCUCGUCCAUGGCUUCUUAACAAAAAUCAGUUUUCGCUGAUUCGAUUAUUCACUACGAGAGAGGGCAUGAUUGCUUAUCAUUGUGGUGUUUCUACGCUUGAUGAGGCAGAUGGGGUUGCCAGGUGUUUGUUGGAGUUCACGAUAGGUGUGACGGGUUCUCUGAAGUUCGGCUCAUGGCCACCGCGACUUUUCGUCAUCAUUGGAGGUGGUUCUGGUCUAGGAACGGGGAGAACUUGGGUUGCUGCUAUAGCAGACAUAUGUAGGGAAGCAAAUGCAAUCUCAAGAGAGUUUGAAGAGGUUGUUCUCAACGUUAUGCUGCUAAUGAUUCAAGCCCAUUUAUUAGUUAAAGGGAGUACAAGAGCAGUAUACAAUCCAAGUAAGAAUCCUAGCAUCAAGACCGAGUCGUCAAUUAAUUUAGAGAGUGCAAAUGAAGGGCUAGAAGAUCAAAUUGGAGCAGAGAUGGCAAGCUUGGAAGCUAGGCAAUCAGCUGCAAAAGAAGGAUACAUGGCUUGUGGUACCUGUGUGUUGCUUCAAUUUCGAGCUUUAGAACAUGGAGUUAUAAAGUUGAUCUUCUGCUGCAUUUUCUUCAUAUCCGCCUUGAGGACAAGGCGAUUGUUAUCGGGGAGGGAGUUAAUAGGGACCUCGGACCCCAAGCCACAAGCCCAAACGACCAACUAAGCCGUGGCCCGACAUCUUUUAUUGUUAGUUUAUUAUUUAAUUUCCUUGUCUAGCUAUAGUAUUUUUGGAACACAAACCUUGCUCCUCAAGCAAGAUAUUUACCGUAUUUUAGCAUAGGAUUUAUAUAAAUCUUUUCGGGUUUUCUUCUUGAUUCUUUCCCGAAUCGUAGAGUCGAAUCAAGCAGGGUCCGGACUCUAUAAAUA